AAUAUGACGGAACAAGAAAAGCGAGAGCGAGUGGAUGACCUAUCGCCGAAUCGUUCUAUGGUUCGAGGGUCCUCAGCUAAAUCCGAUAAUGCGGUUGACAUAAACUUGGAUCUAGAUCCAGAUCUUAUGCUGGAGGUAGACAUUCCCCUCGACAACACUGACAGGACUUACUCCACGCAGAGUUUCAGGACGUCUGCGAGAACUAAGUCGGGACCCAGGAAAGUGAUGUCUGCUGGCAAUGACAAAAAAAGUCAGUCCGGUAGAUCUUCAGUUUAUAUCAAGACAAGAGCAAGACCCAUCAAACCACAUGAGCCUGAGCCAUUUUUGAGCAUUGAUAACCUUUCAGAAGAAAAACUACAGCAACUGAUGGCGGGUAAGGUUCUGUAA